GAGGCACAGGGAGGCAGAGGGAGCGCAGCCUGCAUGGAUCGGAGGAUCUGGGGCACAGACAGCCUGAGAGGGGUCUAGGGAGGUGCAGAGUGUGCCCUGAGGAUGGGGCUGUGUGUGGGAGACUUGCUGAACGUUCCAUGGAACCCCAGGAGGAUUAUAACAUGUAGACUGAGCCCUGACUGUUCCAUCCACUGUGCAGCCCUAUGGAGAUUUGUGGUUUUGUCUUUAAUGCUGGGCAGGGUCUGCAGUCAAGACUCAGCAGGUGCGGGCACUGGAUUCAGCCUUCACCCCCCUUACUUUAACCUGGCAGAGGGAGCCAGGAUCCAUGCCACAGCCACCUGCGGGGAGGAGAGUGUCCCCUGGCAAGAGGGACCCCAGCCAAGGAUGGAUCUGUACUGUAAACUGGUGGGAGGACCCUCUGUCGCCUCUACCCCCGGGCACACAAUCCAGGGCCAGCCUUGCGAUUUUUGUUAUUCAGCGGACCCAAAUAAAGCUCAUCCAGUUUCCAAUGCCAUUGAUGGAACUGAACGAUGGUGGCAGAGUCCCCCGCUAUCACUGGGGCUGCAAUACAAUGAAGUAAAUGUCACCAUAGAUCUUGGGCAGCUUUUCCAUGUUGCCUACGUCCUCAUCAAAUUUGCCAAUUCACCACGGCCUGAUCUUUGGGUGCUAGAGCGAUCGGUUGACUUUGGAAGGACCUAUAUACCUUGGCAAUAUUUUGCUCAUUCUAAAUCUGACUGUUUCAACCAGUUUGGAAAGGAGGUCAAACAGCCCAUUACUAAGGAUGAUGAUGUCAUUUGCACUACAGAGUACUCUCGAAUUGUUCCCCUUGAAAAUGGUGAGGUGGUGGUAUCUUUGGUGAAUGGUCGACCAGGAGCAAAACACUUCAUGGACUCUCCCAUACUGCGAGAUUUCACAAAGGCAACAAACAUACGGCUGCGAUUUCUUAGGACAAACACUCUGCUUGGACAUCUUAUUUCCAAAGCUCAAAGGGACCCAACUGUGACUCGCAGAUAUUAUUAUAGUAUUAAGGACAUCAGUAUCGGAGGACGUUGUGUUUGCCAUGGCCAUGCAGAUGUCUGCAGUGUAAAAGAUGCUGGGAGCCAGAACGUGUAUCACUGUCAGUGCCAGCACAACACAUGUGGAGAGAUCUGUGACCGCUGUUGUCCAGGAUAUCACCAGAAGCCUUGGAGGCCGGCAAGUGUAGACACAGCCAAUGCGUGUGAAUCUUGUAACUGUCAUGGACAUGCCUCUGACUGCUAUUAUGAUGCCAAUGUUGAUUAUAGCAAAUCAAGUCUAGACAUAUCCGGGCGAUACAAUGGAGGAGGAGUUUGCAUCAAUUGCCAGCAUAACACUGCCGGUGUUAACUGUGAAUUGUGCGCGGUGGGAUAUUAUCGGCCCUAUGGUGUUCCCAGAGAAGCUCCAGAUGGAUGCAUACCUUGCAGCUGUAAUCCCAACCAGUCUGAUGGAUGUGAGGAAGGAUCAGGUAUCUGUUACUGCAAGCCAAACUUUAGAGGAGUCAACUGUGAGCAGUGUGCAGAUGGUUAUUUUGGCUUCCCAGACUGUUUCCGUAUUCCCCACUAUCCAUUACCUACCCCUUCUCCAACUUCAGAUAAACCUGCAGCUGGACACAUAAAAGACUGUCAGUGCGCAGGGCUCGGAGUGUCUAGCAGUAAUUGUGACAGACAAACAGGACAUUGCCUAUGUCGUACAGGUUACCAGGGCCCCAAGUGCGAUCGCUGUGACGUGGGUUAUUUCCUUUAUCCAUUUUGUCAAAAGUGUGAGUGUAAUCCGGAGGGUGUGCUCCCUGCAGUAUGUGAUCCUGUUGGCAGAUGUCUGUGCCAGUUUUGGGCAGAAGGAGAACACUGUGACCAGUGCAAGUCUGGUUACCACUCAUUUCCGAGGUGUAGAGAAUGCAGCUGUGAUAUGUAUGGUGCUGCCGACCCUGAAUGUGGUGCUAGAGGAGAAUGCCAAUGCCGUCCAAACUUUGCCGGAUUAACAUGUGAUCAGUGUGGACCUGGUUACUAUAGCUACCCCAGCUGCAUGCCUUGUCAGUGUUCUCAGCAAGGCUCCUAUAAGAGCAUCUGUGAUCCAGUGACAGGGCAAUGUGACUGUCAUCCAGGAGUGGUAGGACGAAGAUGUGACAGAUGUUCAUCAGAAUCAGAUGUCUAUCCUGUUUGUCAAGAUGUUAAUGGUGCAUGUGACCCUGCAGGAACAAUGGAUUCACAAGGUGAACACUGUCAGUGCCUUUCAUAUGUGGAGGGUGUGACCUGUAACCGUUGUAAGCCAUUAUACUGGAAUUUGGCAAGAGAGAAUCCCAAUGGCUGCACUGAGUGCAAUUGCGAAGUAACUGGAACAAUAAGCGGAGUUGGAGAGUGUCAUCCGACAGAGGGAUACUGCCAUUGUAAGCCACAUGUUUGUAGCAGCUCAUGUGAUACCUGCAAAGAUGGGUAUUUUCUCCUGGAAGACAGGAAUUACUUUGGCUGCACAGGCUGCCAGUGCGAUGUGGGAGGAGCUGUCAAUCACAUCUGUUCCGAGUCUUCGGGAAAAUGCAUUUGCAAAAACAACAUUGAAGGAAUUAACUGCAAUAUACCAAAGGAAAACUAUUAUUUUCCUGACCUCUAUCAGAUAAAGUUUGAAAUUGAGGACGGCACCACAAAAACUGGAAGAGGAGUUCGGUUUGGAUAUGAUCCUAACAAGUUUCCUGGAUUUAGCUGGCGUGGCUACGCUGAGAUGACUUCUAUACAAAAUGAAGUGAGGAUUCCAGUGACUGUGGAAAAGUCUUUUCUCGGUUUGUUUAGAAUUAUCUUGAAAUACAUAAAUCCUGAACUGCACACAAUAACUGGGCGCAUUACUGCCACCCCACAUUAUUCGAAUAAAGGCAUCUUAGAUAGUAAGGAUAUCACAUUCCCACCGAGCAGAGAGACUGCAUUUGUCACAGUGCCAGGAAAAGGCUUCGCUGAACCGUUCUCCCUUUCUCCUGGAAACUGGGUUAUCACCAUCAUCGUAGAGGGAGUGCUUUUGGAUUACCUGGUGUUGCUGCCUAGUGACUAUUAUGAAGCAUCCAUAUUAAAGCAGAGAGUCACACAGCCUUGUACCUAUUAUGGAUCAGUAGGUGAAAAUUGUCUAGUAUACCAGCACUUAACAAUGGACACCUUUUCUUGUGUCCUCGGCAUUGAAGAGGAAUAUUUCAAACAGGAUGGAGUGUACCGACCAAUAAUUACUCAACAACCGACACUUGGACACCCAACUAUGGCACACAUUAGCGGCAGACAGGUGGAGUUACAACUGCAGUUAGAUGUACCUGGAGUUGGAGCCUACGUGCUUGUGUUAGAAUACGCUAAUGAAGAUUCUCAGCAGUAUGUCGUGAAUAUGAAGAUAAAUAAUGAUCUGUCACGCGCUCCAGAUGCCAGAGUGAUACUAUACAGUUGCAAAUACAGUUUCCUGUGUCGCAGUGUUGUACUGAAUAAUAUGAAUCAAAUUGCAGUGUUCCAGUUACAAUCUGAUGUAGAAAUUAAUCUCUAUGCAUCGUCAGUCAAUUUUCUUUUGCACAAAGUAUGCAUCAUUCCCGUGGAUAAAUUCUCGAUUGAAUACGCAGAGCCUAAAUUACAAUGUGUUGCCUCGUAUGCCCAAACUAGUAAUCAAAGUGUGUCCUGUAUUCUGCCUCCUCUAUAUGAAAAUCCACCUUUGGCAAUAACUCUGGAUUCAGUGAAAGAUUCCUCAAGUCCCAUUCAAACAAAUGUGGUACAUCAAGGCAGACCGGGGCUCUCUGGUGGAAUGAUUGAUGGGGUAUUAUUGCAGUCCCCCCAGAACCAUAUUACCUUGGCCAGAAGAAUACCACAUUUGGGAAGAUACGUGUUUAUUGCUCAUUACCACCAGGAACAGAGUCCUAGUUUUCCGGUAUCGGUAAUUGUAAGAGGAGGAGUAACUUGGUCAGGUUCCUUCAAUGCUUCCUUUUGUCCUAACUUGCUUGGUUGUAGAGAGCUGGUAAUUGCUGAUAACCGAAUUGCUCUUGAUAUCACGAAUCCAGAACUUUCUGUAACCAUGGAGGUUCCACAAGAAAAGUCAUUGGUUCUGGCGUAUAUAUUAAUGGUUCCGGGAGACAUUUAUAGAAAUGACCUUCUGCAGGAAAAACCAUUGGACAAAUCAUCUGAUUUCAUCAACAUCUGUGGCGAGGACAGUUUUUACAUUGAUCCAGUCAGCUCACCAGAAUUUUGCCGGAAUUCAGCAAUAUCGCUGGUAGCUUCUUACAAUAAUGGAACUUUGCCAUGCAGCUGCAAUCUAGAAGGUGCAACAAGUCCCUCCUGCAACAUGGCUGGAGGACAAUGCAACUGUAGACUGAAUAUUAUUGGACGAACUUGCAGUCGAUGUGCCACCGGUUACUAUGGAUUUCCAUACUGUAGACCUUGCAACUGUGGUCGGCGUCUAUGUGAUGAAUUGACUGGGAGAUGCAUCUGUCCACCUAAGACGGUUAAACCCAACUGCGAAAUCUGUGAGCAGCAUUCGUUCAGCUUCCACCCCCUCGCCGGCUGUGAAGAAUGUAAUUGUUCAAAAACAGGGGUAGCACAGCCACUUCCGGCAAAAUGUGAUGGGAUAACUGGGCAAUGCAUAUGUAAACCAAGGAUCUCAGGUAGACAAUGUGAUCGUUGUUCUCCUGGUUAUUUCGGCUUUCCUGACUGCUUUCCAUGUGACUGUAAUCCCCAAGGGACUGAGAUUCAGAUAUGCAAUCCUGAGACCGGUGCUUGUCUGUGCAAGGAAAAUGUUGGUGGCUCCAGGUGUGAGGUUUGCAACAGUGGAUCCUUUUACUAUGACCCUACCAAUCCCAAGGGGUGCACACAAUGCUUUUGUUUUGGAGCAACUGAUAUUUGCCAGCCAUCCAGUAAGCACAGAAAGAAGUUUGAAGACAUGAGAUUCUGGAAUCUUAAGACUUCGGAUGACACCCAAGUAGCUAUCACCUUCAAUCCAGGCAGCAACAGUGUUGUUGCAGAUACCCAGGAAUUACCGCCAUCUAUUCAUACGAUAUACUGGGUGGCACCACAGUUAUAUCUGGGGGACAAGAUUUCUUCAUAUGGAGGCUUUCUGACAUACCAGCUGAAGUCCUUUGGAUUGCCCAGUGAAGGAAUGAUUCUUUUAGACAAACGCCCUGAUGUUCUGUUAACGGGUAGACAAAUGACUGUUGUGUAUGUGGAUCCAAGCAACCCAUUACCAGACAGACAGUACUAUGGUCGUGUCCAAUUAGUGGAGGGAAAUUUCAGGCACGCGAACAGUAACAGCAUGGUUACAAGAGAAGAGCUUAUGAUGAUCUUGUCCAGACUAGAAAGCCUGCACAUCCGAGCGCUGUACUUCAGUGAGACUCAGCGCCUAACCCUAUCUGGGGUGGGGCUAGAAUUCAUCACUUUGUCAGCAAGUGGGAAAGUUGCCUACAGUGUAGAGACCUGUUCCUGCCCACCGGAAUAUAAAGGUGACUCAUGCCAGGAAUGUGCUUCUGGACACUACAGAGACAACAAGGGAUUGUUCAUGGGAAGAUGUGUUCCUUGCAGAUGUAAUGGGCAUUCAACACGUUGUCACGAUGGGACCGGAAUAUGCAUUAAUUGUCAACAGAAUACUGCAGGUGACAACUGUGAAUUGUGUAAAGAAGGCUAUAUUGGAAAUGCUACACACGGGACAUGCCGUCUGUGUCCGUGCCCGCUCUCUGUGCCUUCAAACAGUUUUGCUACAGGAUGUUCUGGAUCUGGUAGGAACAUGCAGUGCUUCUGCAAACCCGGUUAUACAGGAAUUAGCUGUGAAACAUGUGCUCCAGGCUACUAUGGAAACCCCUUAAAGUUUGGCAGUAACUGUCAGCCAUGCAACUGUGGAAAUAAUGGGCAUCGGGGCAACUGUGAUUCACUGACUGGAGAAUGUCUAGAUGAGGACCCAAAAGACACAAAUGGCGAUGAAGAGUCAUGUGACAGCUGUGUAAACAUACUUCUCCUGGAUCUGUCCACCAUGAGAGAUGAACUCAAUUUAAUUCAAGCCAGGCUGCAGAACAUGGGAGCAAGCAGCCAGGCAUUAGAGAAGCUGAAAGCAUUAGAAGCGCGUAUCAGAGAGACACAGUCUCAGUAUGAAAGCUACAACAAUAAAAUUCUAAGUCAGAAAUUAAAGGUGGACAAGCUGGAGACUGAUACGAAUGGUCUGAAAAAAGAGAUAGCUGCACUGUUAGAGAAGGCCUCACAGGAUUUGAAGAAAUACGAGGCAUUGGCAAUGAAUGCUGAAAACACCUUUCAGAACGCCAGCCACCUUCUUCUGACCCUAGAUCUUCUCUUCAAGAACAUCAACAUUCUAGUGAAGGAAGUUUCCAGCAGUCAGGGAAGCGUAUCAUCCGGAGAUGCCUCUAAGAACAUGGCUGAGGUUCUGCGCAUGUUAUCUGAAAUGCGAAAACGAAACUUAAGCUCGCAGAAACGAGAAGCAGAAAACGAGAAAGAAGAAGCAAAAGCUUUGCUCAGUCGUGUGAGGAAUCAGUUUCAGAAACAUCAGGACCAACACAAGCAAUUGAUGAAAGAUAUCACCAAGUCCAUCAGUGACUAUGAAGCAAAACUAAAGGACCUGAGGGAAGCUCUGGAUGACGCCUCUGGACAAACUAAGCAGGCCAAUAACAUAAACAAAGACAAUGAAGCAACGCUAGAAGAUCUAAAGAAACGGAUUAAAGAUUUAACCAGGCAGCAAAAAGAGGCAACCACUCAUCUCAAUGCUGCAGAAACUAGCCUGGGACAGACCGGCAGCAUGUUACGGCUGCUCCAGAAAAGCAAAGAGGACUACGAAAAACUGGCUGCACAGAUGGAUGGGGCCAAGCAAGAACUCAAUGAGAAAGUCACUAUGCUUUCCAAGGCAGCCAGUAAGGAGCCUCUAGUGAUAAUGGCUGAAAAACACGCUCAGUCAUUGCAGAAUCUAGCCAAUCAGCUUUCUGAAAUCAAGAAAAACACAAGCAGUGAAGAACUGGUCAAAUGUGCAAUUAAUGCUACAAAUGCAUAUGGGGACAUCAUAAACGCAGUGAAAGAGGCUGACGAGGCUUCAAAAAAAGCAAAAGAAGCAGCCGAUUCAGCUCUAAAGAAAGUACAAAGUGAAGACUUACCAGGAAAGGCCAAGAAAUCGAAUGAAGAUUCAGAAGCAUUGCUGGAUCAGGCCAAGAAAACUCAAAAAUCUUUUCAAGGCAUUAAACCAGAACUUGAAGAUUUAAAAGACAGACUAGUAGAAGCCACCGAUAAGAAGAAGCUACUGUCAGGCGACUUGACUGCUUUGCAAACCAGCAUCGGCGAUAUUAAAAGAGAUGACAUAGAGAACAUGAUCAACAAUGCCAAGGACUUGGUUAUAAAUGCCAAUAAAAUCACUAAUAAUGUCAUGGAAGAGCUAGAGCCUAUUGAAGUGGAUGUAGAGAACUUAAAAAAAACUAUAGGAACCUCCCAAAAUGAGAAUUUUAACAGUGUUUUGAUUGAGGCUAGCACAUCUGUGAAAAACUUAACCAAUAGUCUUCCGGAUCUAUUCGAAGCAAUGAAUCGCAUCAACAAUCUGAUGCCACUAGGAAAUAUCUCGGAAGACGUGAGCCGCAUACGAGAGCUUAUACAGCAGGCUCGAGAUGCUGCCAAUAAGAUUGCAAUACCUAUGCGUUUUAAUGGCACUUCUGGAGUUGAAGUUCGUCCUCCAACUAACCUUGAAGAUUUAAAAGCCUACACGUCUUUUACAUUCUUUCUACAAAGACCUCAGUCCCGGUCCGACCGUCGGAAAAGGCAGCUGAAUCCAAACAUGUUUGUCAUGUACCUGGGCAGUAAGGAUACCACCAAAGAUUACAUGGGGUUUGCUAUCGAAGAUGAUAGACUCUUGUAUGUCUAUAAUCUGGGAGGAAAUGAAGCUAGAAUACACGUGGAUCCUUAUACAACUGACAGUAACCCAAGAGAAGCCAUUAUGGAUCGGGUUGUUUUAGAAAGAAUCUAUCAGCAUGCUACCCUAGAAUAUAUAAAAUCAUACACAUCAACUAAGCCGGACGCUCCUGCUACAUAUAAAACAGAGGCCCAGAGGCACACUCUUUUCGACCUUGAUCCCAGUGAUGCCGUCUUUUAUGUGGCAGGGUACCCAGCAGAUUUCAGACCUCCAUCAAGCUUGAACUAUCCUAAUUACAAAGGAUGCAUUGAAUUUGAUUUCCUCAACCAAAUUGGAAUCAGCUUGUAUAACUUCAAAAAAACGUUCAACCUCAACACUACCGAGGUUGAGCCAUGCAGCAGACAUAAAGAAGAGUCCGAGAGAAGUUACUUCGAAGGCUAUGGAUAUGCAAGAUUGACUUAUAGAUUCCCUACAGGCAGAUCUUUUAGCUAUGAACAAACCAUCCAAUCAACAGUAGAUAACGGAAUGCUAUUGUUUGCAGAAGACAAGGACAAUUACAUUAGUUUAAAUAUUGAAGAUGGUAUUCCAGUGCUGAAAUAUAAACUAAAUUCCGACACAGUGGAAGAACAAAAAAGUAAUGGCGUUCCUAUUAAUACCGGGAGUGAGAUUUUGAUUUCACUCAGGCUUUCGGUUAAGGAUAGAUGGAUACGUGUUUUCCAGUCUUCGGUGGUGAUAACCGUCACCGAAGUGGAUGUCUUCAGCUUCACUUCAUACUACAUGGGUGGGGUUCCACCAGCAGUUAGAGAAAAGUUUAAUAUCAAGACUCCUGCAUUCCGUGGCUGUGUGAAAAAUGUGAAGACCCCUGCAGGCUCCGCAAGAUUUCAGGAAACCUACGGUGUCAGUCGUAAAUGCUUUGAUGGGUGGAAUACUGUCCGUGAAGCAGAAUUUUCCCGUGGUGGAACACUUGGAAUAAAGUCAGCCAAUUUCCCAUUCCCUGGUGAUUUCCAAACUUCUUUCGGAUAUCAGACUCCUCAGACAAAUGCCAUGAUGCUUACUCAUACAGCACAGUUAGAUGAUUUGCGCAUCUCACUAGAAGAAGGAACUGUGACUGUCAAUACAAGAAAUACGGAACUGCAAUCUACGGAGCAAUAUUUGGAUGGAAAGAGACAUUACGUGACAGUGAUAAGGAAAAAUGGGCAGCUCAGACUCUUAGUUGAUGAUGAACCAGUGAUUGAGAAUGAAGGAUCUUCGGUGAACGUGGGAGGUUCAUCCGGCGAUCUGUACUUUGGUGGAAAUAAUUUUGAUGGAUGCCUCUCUAAUGUUUUCAUCCAAAGGACAGGACAAGACCCUACAGUGCAAAAUCUUUUUGAUAAUAAUGAAAAGAAACAAGUCUCACUCGGGUCGUGCAUGGUUGAGGAACCCCCUAUGCCCUUGAUCUUAAAUGAAUUUAAAGUUCCUAACCCAUUAAUCUUAAAUGACAAUGACAUGGCUUAUAUAGAUAUUAUGACAAAUAGGAUGAAUAAAAAUUCUGCUUCGAGAAACGUGCACAGCUGCUCUGCUUAUUCAAAUGUAACCACAACUGGUGGCGCCUAUCAGUUCGGAGAUUCUCCAGAAAGCAGCAUGCAGUACGAGCUGAAGAAGCCCAUUUCACAAGAGAAGUCUCAGUUUUCGCUGGAAGUUCGCACGGUGGAAGCAUCUGGCUUAAUCUUUACAAUGAUCGACAAUUACGAGACCACUCAACUUACACUUCAUAUUUCUAAAGGGCGUUUUGUAUUUACUUUGGGCACUAAGGGAAACAAACUAAAAAUAAGGAGCCAGGACAAAUACAAUGAUGGCAAGUGGCACACGGUUGUAUUUAGCUGGGAUGGAUUCAAUGGCCGGCUGGUGGUUGAUGGUCUGAAAUCUCGAAAGGGAAGCUUGACUAGAAGAAUCAGUCUGGAAGCAAUGUCAUCAGUCCAUCUUGGAGGAGUCCCAUCAUUAAAACUGCAGGGUAUUCCCAAGAAGAGCUUUGUGGGCUGUAUGAGAAAUGUACAAGUGAAUGGAACACCACUGGAAAGACCGUCUCAGGCCUCGAGAGUCAUCCCUUGUUAUGAUGGAGCUUCUGAAAAAGGGGUGUUUUUUGCUCAAGAUGGAGGGCAUAUUAUUCUAGCCAAGUCGUUUGUUGUGGGACCAGAAUUUGAAAUUGUUCUAUACAUCCGUCCACAAAGUCAGACCGGUGUCUUAGUCCACACAGGAAAUGUAUCAGGUUCCAGGCUAAGUCUGUACAUGGAUGCAGGAAAGGUAACGCUUUCUGGGAGCCAAGGUGCUGAUGAAUUUCAGGUUUCACUCACACCGCUGGCACUAUGUGAUGGUCAGUGGCACAGAAUAAAAGUAACCAAAAAAGAAAAUGUAUUGAAGUUGGAGAUAGAUGAACAAUCGGAACAAACAUCUUGGCCAAGAUCAGCAACGUACACAAACACUGCGGCUCCAUUAUAUGUUGGAGGAGUGCCAGCUACCUUGCAAACACCGUGGCUUCCUGUGAAGAGUUCCUUUGUCGGCUGCAUGAAGGAUGUGAAAAUGAAUAAAAAAACUAUAAACUUCAGUAAAAUCUCAGAGCUCAGUGGUGCUAUCAGCUUAAGCAGAUGUCCUGCAGCUUAGCUGACAUUUUAAAGUCCAAUAACGAUCACCAGGAGACAUGCAUCAAUAUGAAUAUAUGGAGCGCUGCUAAUGGGUAUCCAAUGCUGCUGUAUAAACAUGAGAAUCGUGUUUCAAAUUGUAAAAAUGAACUGUUUCAAAAUACAUAUAAGAGUGUUCUAGUCAUUUUUCCAGUAAAAUCGACCUAAAACUCAA